AUGGCUGCGCCUCCCGAAGUAACGACCAAGAAUCUCACUGGGAAAUACAUUAUGAACAAGACGUUGAGCGAUGACAGUGACGAUAUCCUCAAGCUCCAGGGUGUAUCUUGGUUCAAACGGCGUGCCAUCUCGAUGUUUACGUUGACGCUUGGGGUAAAGCACUAUACCGACGAGGGCGGCUUUGAGCACGUAGACAUCCAACAGACUCUAUCUGGCGGUAUCUCGGGCACAGAUGAGUAUCGCACUCUCGACUGGGAGGAACGCAACCAAAGCAACGAUGUUUUUGGUGCUGUGAUAGCACAAUCGAAGAGAAUCAAGGUUGAGGAAGUGGAUGAUGAAUUCUUGAAGUCUGGUUGGACGGAAGACACAGUUGAAGAUGGGUUAAUUCUCGCUGUAGCCUGGAGUGAUACUCCGAAAAGUGGCUUAGAGUGGAAGGCAGAAUUGACAUGGGGUUUUGAAGUAUUAAACGGCGAGAGGAGAUACGCUAGACAUGUGAAGUUCACAUCAUCAGACAAGAAGGAUGGUCCCAUCUUCAAACACUUGUAUUACGAUUAUGCCGGACCCAGCUGA